GAGCGGCUGUGCCAGCUGCGUUCCGAGCUCGGGCACCGCUGCUGCUUCUCCUCCAAGCGCCGGGGCGCCCCCGCCGCGCUCAGUCCGAAGUCGGCCACCAUGGAGGCGCAGGCACGAGGUUUGUUGGAGACUGAACCACUGCAAGGAAGAGAUGAAGACACAGGAGCCAGUGCUGACUUCCCUAGCAUGCUCUCUGAGGAGGAAAAAGAAGAAUUAAAGGCAGAACUAGUUCAGCUAGAAGAUGAAAUUACAACAUUACGACAAGUUUUAUCAGCGAAAGAAAGGCGUCUGGUUGAGAUAAAACAAAAACUCGGCAUGAACUUGAUGAAUGAAUUAAAACAGAACUUCAGCAGAAGCUGGCAUGACGUGCAGACUACUACUGCCUACAAGAAAACACAUGAAACUCUGAGUCACGCAGGGCAGAAGGCAACUGCAGCUUUCAGCAACGUUGGGACGGCCAUCAGCAAGAAGUUUGGAGACAUGAGGUCUCACUCCAUCGGCUACUCCAUUCGCCAUUCCAUAAGUAUGCCUGCUAUGAGGAAUUCUCCUACUUUCAAAUCAUUUGAGGAGAGGGUUGAGACAACUGUCACAAGCCUUAAGACGAAAGUAGGCGGGACGAACCAAGGCGGAGGCAGCUUCGAGGAGGUGCUGAGCUCCACGGCCCAAGCCAGCGCGCAGAGCUCGGCCGGUGGCCCCCGGCGGGCCGAGGGGGAGGAGCUGCAGUGCUAGGGCCCCGCCCGCGCCCGCAGCCACCUCCAGGGACCCUGCCCUGCCCGCGCGCAUCCGGAUAUGAAGACCAGAAUCCCACUGGAAGACCCAGGCCUUGACCUUGUUCUUCAAAUGGCUUCUCCUGAAAGUUUAAUUAAAUGAUUUCCACUUGAAUUUGUGUUGAUGAUGGACCACGUGACCAUCACACUUUAGUAUUCAUAGAUAGUCAUCUUUUAAAAUGUCGGCUCCAGCAGGUACACAGUUGGUCACGACCCUUGUUUUUUGUGUAAUUCAACAUAUUUUCCAAACAUGUAGCUAUUAAUUAUUUGCUUUGAUUUUUGCUUGGACUCCUGUACGAAGUGCAUGUCUUUGAAGGCUCAGUGCCCCCUUUCAGUUCUGUCCACAGGAUGGGGCUCUUUCCGACCGUCUCUAGCAGUGAAUGGGAUGACACUGAGAAUUUCAUCAAACUGCUUCCGAUCUCCCUCGCCUACUUUAAUUCCUUAUGUUUAUUUAAGCAAUUAAAAUAAUUGAUUUUAAUGACUUUGAAUUCUUAAUUUCUUUACGUUUCAGUUCUGCUGAUGACCUUGAAAGGUGGUAGGUAUAAUUCUGCAGAUGCUAUUUUAAACCAACUUCUGCUAAUUUGGAAAAUAUGAGAGAGGAUAUGUAAGUAAUUAUAACCUCAACUACCUUAGGAUGCUGAAACAAUCUACAAUUCUAAAAUUCUCUCUAAUCUACCUAGAGUAGUAGUUAACUUGGUAACUACUGAGUUAAGUAGGCAAGAGAUAGCUGAAAAGGGAACUGCUAGAAAAUGGGAGAAGCAGGGCUCUGCAACGGUUUCCAGUUUGCAAAUUGCUCACAAGAAUGAAAAAAGCAUCAAUCAGUACAACCAGAUUUCUGCAGUACUGUUUACCUUCCACAUCAUAUGCUUCUUUUUUCUUCUAAAUGGGAACAUACAUUUGUUAUUAGGUAGCAUUUGUUGUUAGUAGCUUCCUAUAGCUACAUUUUUUAAAUGUACACUGUAGAAUGUAGAAUAGACCUACCAACUAAAAAUUCACAAUUUAAA